CAUGUUUUUAAGCUUUUGCCUGAAACUGAACUCAAUUAAAUCAUUUUGGCUAAUUUUAGCUCUGCUGACUGAAAAUGCUGAAGUCACGACCUUCUUCUCCGACACCAUCAACUGCUUCCUCAACAGACUCCUGGUGCAAGAGGUACAUAAAGAGGCCUUCUGUUGGUGCUGACCGUGUGCUGUCUUGGCGCAGCAACAACACGGACAGUUCAGAGGACGAAGAGGACAACCGAAAGCCUGCUAAAAUUAGCAGGAACGAUCGGAAUACAAAGCCCUUCUUUCCAAACAAAUACCAAUGGAGUAAAUUGACUCAACCCCUUCGUCCUUUCGUUUAUCCGACAUUUAACGAUAAGUUUCCGGAGCUGGAGGAUUAUAGCAGCGACGAGGAGACUCUUGGUCCUGAUUGGAAAUUUGAAAGGAUGGAUUGGUUUGGCUUCAGUGAGGGCUUCUACUGUGGGCACGAAGCGCAAUUGAAUUACCUCCACCUACCCAAAGAUCUCAAACAACCCAACGUGAAAUUGGAUGUGCUUGGUAAAGAGGAUGAUCUGCACCUGCCAAUUGACAUUUCUGAAAACAUCAAUGAGAUUUUAUCGUGGAUCAUGGCCUCUUUUCCAAGACCAGCUUUAUUCAACAAAACUUAUCCUGACGUGCAGUUCGUAUGUUCUCGUCUGGAGCUUGACAAUAUCAUGUGCUCAGCAUACCUGCAUGAUCCCAGAUUUCGAUACCAUGAUCAGAAUGGGUUUAUCAUUUCUGCAGUGAGAUUGCGUGGAAAGAUUUACCUGUCUUCGUUCUACACUAACGAAGAAAAACUAUCCAGGCAAAUCAAGCACAUUACUUUGGAUCUGCCACAGAGCUCCAUCGCUGGCCUCAUGUUCCACAAAAGUGUAUUGUCGGACGUUCAAGACAAGGAGCCUGAUGUCAACACUGCUUUCGACAGGAAAAGAGUAGAACUAUUUUCAGUCGAAAUUUUUAAAACUGGGACGCUCUCCAUGCUCAUGCAGAAUAAAUUCAAAGCUGUUAGAUCGGAGAAUGAUGUGAAGGAAUUGCAAGAAUUCAAAAUGUUUGAAGUCAAGACUGGCUUUAAACCUCAUAAGCUUUACAACUUAUUCCGCAAGUGGCUUCGCUGUUUUUCCGGCAACAUGAGCAGCAUGAUCAUGGGAAUCAAGGAUAGCCAGUGCUUGAGAAUCAAGGAAAUUGAAGAGUACUCCGAGGAUGCUCUUCUCCAAAUGUGUCAGGAACUGUAUAUGAACCAAAUACCUGCAUUGGAGAGAACUGGAGUAACUCUUCAUCCUAGGAGAGAAGUUUGCGUGUCUCAAGCAAAGAGGUUUCUCAACUUUGUCAGCACAAUCAUUACAGAUGACACUCCAGAAGACACUGUCUACACCUUUUCAUUUGAUCCAGAAUACCCUGGAAAAUUCAACUGCUUCAAGCUAGUUGGCCCUGCUAGUAAUCAUUACCGUUUUAUCAGUAAGGAUUACUUCAGUUGGUUGAACACGCAAAAGCUAUUGAAGUAGCUUAUAAAAGUUUGUUGUUCGAAUAUUAAAUUAGAUCGCAUGUAAAGCGUAUUCUGUUACCUAUAUCUAAAUUCGUAUUGCAAGAAUUUUGUGCAUUAAAAGCUAAAAAUACACCUGCCAAUUUGCAAAGCUGACAUGAAUAUACUUGUAAAUUAUCUUUUUUUU